AUGGUCAAAGUUACAGUUGCAGGUGCCGCCGGCGGUAUUGGACAACCAUUGUCGUUGUUGCUCAAGUUAAACACAAAUGUUAGCGAGCUAGCCUUGUUUGAUAUCGUCAACGCAAAAGGUGUGGCUGCUGACUUGUCACACAUCAACACUCCAGCCAAGGUCACCGGCUAUCAACCAGAGAAUAAAGAGGACAAGACGGCAAUCACAGAGGCCUUGAAAGGAACCGAUGUUGUUAUAAUUCCAGCUGGUGUUCCACGUAAGCCUGGUAUGACCAGAGCCGACUUGUUCAACAUCAAUGCAUCUAUUAUCCGUGAUUUGGUGGCCAACAUUGCCAGAACAGCUCCAAAAGCAGCAAUAUUGAUUAUCUCUAACCCAGUCAACUCGACUGUACCCAUUGCUGCACAAGUCUUGAGAAAAUUGGGUGUAUUUGACCCUACAAAGUUGUUUGGUGUUACCACAUUGGACAGCGUGAGAGCAGAGACUUUUCUUGGUGAGUUGACUAACACAAACCCGCAAAAGUUAAAAGGCAAAAUCUCGGUGAUUGGCGGUCACUCUGGCGAUACAAUUGUGCCAUUGAUCAACUACAACUCGAGUGUCCCGGUGUUGAACAAGUCGCAGUACGACGAGUUUGUCCACCGUGUGCAAUUUGGCGGUGAUGAAGUCGUUAAAGCCAAGAACGGUGCUGGGUCAGCAACCUUGUCCAUGGCUUAUGCUGGAUACAGAUUUGCCGAGUAUUUGAUUGAUACUUUGAGUGGAGGCCCAAAUAACUACAAGGUGCCUGACUCGGCCUAUAUCUACUUGCCUGGUAUUGAAGGGGGCAAAGAGUUCUCGGCCAAAUAUUUGGGAGGUAUAGAGUUCUUUUCCGUGCCAGUUGUUUUGAACCAUGGACAAACCGUGUCAUUUAUCAACCCAUUUGAGCAAUUACGUGUUUCUGAAGACGAGAAUAAGUUGAUCAAAGUCGCUUUGAAUGGAUUGAAAGGGUCUAUUGACCAAGGUGUUGAGUUCGUCAAUGCCUCUAAGUUAUAG